ACUAAAUUGUGUUGUGUUGGAAGAAAAAGCUAACGACAGAGAACAGAACAUUGCCAUUGGCCGCAGACACAGAGAAAGAGACUUUCACUGAAUUACUUAAAGAAUAAAGAUCUGUGUUUUGUAUUUUUUGUUCAAUCCUUUCACUAUUUUUCGGUAGUCACUGUCAUUGUUCAUUGUCCAUUUCUAUUGGUUUUGUUACUCUCACUCUCCAGCCUUUUCUCGGGUUUCUCUUUUUUUAAAUUCCUCUCGGCAUAGUUUGUCUGUUGCACCUGAAAACAAGGUUUCUUUUGUCAAGUUUGGAGCUUUUUGCUCUGUGAUUUGUGUUUUCUCCAAACAAUGCUUGAUUUCUCAUCUGGGUAUUUAGUUCUGGUUUAAGAUGGUGGAGGGUGACCGUUUUCCGGUGGGUAUGCGUGUACUUGCCGUUGACGACGACCAAACGUGUCUCAAAGUGUUGGAGAACCUGCUUCGCAAAUGCCAGUAUAAUGUUACUACAACUACUCAAUCAAUUAAGGCUCUGGAAAUGUUGAGGAAAAACAGAAACAAGUUUGAUCUUGUUAUUAGUGAUGUAAAUAUGCCAGACAUGGAUGGGUUUAAGCUGCUUGAGUUAGUGGGACUUGAAAUGGACCUACCUGUUAUUA